UUCAUUCCAUAUCCAAGUGCUACCAGUGGCAAGUGGCAGAUUUUUCUUCUGUGUGCGUCUAGUUGUGGUGGCCUACUAUUGGAAGGAUAGUAGUUUUCGACUGAAUCCUACUUGAUGGAAAAGAAAAGAAGAAUGGUAAAUUCGUUCGGGAAAAAUUUGUGGUGCUGACUGUCUGGAUGGGAAAACGGAUUAAAUCCUCAUAAUUCAAGACUAUUGCCAAAGUUUUUUCGCUGCGGGAAUUGUUGCGGUGUGUGUAUGUGAGACGACCGGCUGCGAGACGGGUCAAUUGCAACCCUUUUUUCGGUGAAUUUUUCGGGUGGGAAAAGAAAAUCUGUGGCUCAACUACUUGCCGAAUGGCUUGAGUAAGGUAAAAUUGGAGGGAUUUGUUUGAUAUCGGAAGCAGUCACGUGUGAAGAAAAAAGUGAACGAAAAUAAUGCUGCUUUACUGAGUAAAAAGAAUGUCUGCCAAGUGCGGCAAACGGGUGGCUUUAGAUCGCGUCUAAGAAAGUGGGUGGCGGGUGGCAUACGUGAUCCACAGAGUGUAUGUUUUUCUCGACUUGGGAGAUGAAAAAUAUAUUAAAGGUUAAGGCAAAAGAGAUUGUUGAAUGCGAAAACAAUAGAUCGAAAAUUAUAUGUAUAUUUGAAACUGGAGCGAAUGACGUGUUGGUAGGAUUUCCUUCUGCUUACAGGAAUUCAGUCGUAGGAGAAAGUUUUAUGGCCAAUGUCAUUAGAUGUGUAUAAAUAUUUGACUCCGAAAGAAACACCGCGAAUUGAUAAAGUGAAGUGAGGAAUCAAGACAAAACUUUUUUUGGUCGCAAAAGAGUGUGAAACGAGGUUUAUACUGCAAAGUGAAAAGUUUUUUCUGAUCACUGCGGUAGACAAACAAUGCAUUUUUAAUUAACUGACAGUGUGAAUUUUUACUAUUUGCUACCAAAAUUGCACGGAAUGGCUGCUACUGGCUUAUUUACCGUAAACGGAUAGUGAUAGUGAUUGUGACGACGAAGCUUUCCAAUGUGUUGGUGCAAUAGAUUUACCAGAAUGCAGCAGCAUCACGAUAUGCAGCAACGGUAGGAGAAAGCAGCAGCAGCAGCAGCAGCAUCAUCACUAAAGUGACUCCAUCAACAUCAACGCCAAAAGUUCUGCCAAGUUCGUCGUCGUGCCUCUCCCCUUGCUUUGAUGACACUUUCAGUGCUUCAGCUGUGCGGAAGUUUUGCUGUCGCGCUUUCCUUGCCAAAUGCAGCUGUAGGUGUGCUCGCAGUGUGAAAUAAUUAAUUGCAUGUAUACAUAUAGUCUACAGUAACUUACUAUUGGUAGAAUAAAAUUGGAAAAUAUCUGCUCCGAAGCGAUAGCAGGCACUGACUUUUGGUAAUUGGGAAAGCGAACUGUUUGGUAGAAAACUUCUCGAUUCGCUAUCAAAAAUAGAAAGUGCAUCUUCGGGACUUUAAUUAAGUGACGUUGAUUGUGCAAACUGGAUAUUGCUUCGGGACCGUGGAAAAGAGUUUUGAGUCAGUUUGGUGAAUCAACCAGAUGAAAUGCUGUUUUACUAAGCAUGGGUACUGCUAUGUCCACGACUUCUAUAGACAUAAUAUGGUACAGUAGGAGAACUGGAGAGCAGUAAAAGCUGCCGGCUUUUAUUCGUAGCUCGCCGAUCUAUGAACUAGCCGUAGCGCAGCAAUAAUGGAUGUGCACGGACUUCUGACGGCCGUCUGUAUUCUGUAUUUUCUAAAUGGUGUUAUUCUAUUGGAUCUGCAGGGACCGGUCUUUCUCAGUGAGCCACAGCAUCGAGUGGAGUUUUCCAAUAACUCCGGCGGUCAUAUUGAGUGUACUGGUCAUGGAAGUCCACCACCAGACAUGGAGUGGUCGGUAGCGACAACUAACCACGAGCUGGUUUAUGCUUCGCCAAAUGGAAGUCUGAUUUUUUACCCUUUUUCUGCGGAUAAGUUUCGUCAUGAGAUUCACUCUACAGUCUAUAGAUGUAAAUUAAAAAACUUGGUCGGUACAAUUUUAAGUCGCGAAGUGCACGUGAAAGGAGUCGUUAAUCAGAAGUACAAUGUACAAGUACACGAUGAGUACGUCAUGUCGGGGAACACUGCGGUUCUUAAAUGUCAGGUACCAAGUUACAUCCUAGACUACGUGGUGGUAACAGCGUGGGUGCAGGACAGUGGCGUCCAUCUGUAUCCAAACACCGACAUCGGUGGCAAAUACAUCGUGCUGUCGAACGGCGAUUUGUACAUCAACAACGCCGGACCAAGCGAUGCGUACAAAACGUACUCGUGCAGAACUGUAAAUAGACUAACAGGUGAAAUACAAAUUUCAACAUAUCCAGGUAGAGUAAUAGUGACUGAACCGAAAGGACUAGUACAACCUAGAAUUAAUGUAGAGAAACACUCGCUCAAGCACGUAGUUGUGAAUGCACAAGUCACACUGCCUUGUGUAGCCCAGGGUCACCCGGUGCCCACGUAUCGCUGGUUCAAGGAGGUCAAGGAUCAGAUCAUCCCGCUCCAGCUAAACGAGCGGAUCGGCAUCAUCUCGGCCGGGCUGCUGAAGGUCGCCAAAGCCCGUCUAGAGGAUAGCGGGAAGUAUCUCUGCUGGGUCAACAACACGGCCGGCGAAGAGACAAUCCAGGUGACGUUGACAGUUACCGCACCCCUCACAGCACACCUGCAGCCACAAGUACAAACCGUAGAUGUUAGUAAGGAUGCACAGUUUCAGUGCAUCAUCUCGGGUUUCCCGGCUCACGAAGUCCUCUGGAUGCACAACGGGAAACCCAUCGUACGGGACAGUCGGAUAGAAAUCUACACCGAUACGCCACGCAUCGUGAUCAAGAACGUGCAGAAGGAGGACCAGGGCAUGUACCAGUGUUUCGUGUCCAACGAAUGGGAACAGAUACAGUCGACUGCCGAGCUACAACUAGGAGAUGCUACACCCGAGCUGUUGUACUGGUUUUCCGAGCAGACGCUUCAACCUGGACCAACAGUCUCAUUAAAGUGCGUGGGGACUGGCAAUCCGCCACCGCAAUUCACCUGGAAGCUAGACGGCUUUCCGAUUCCUGAUAGCUCUCGGUUCGUUGUUGGCCAGUAUGUAACCAUACACGACGACGUAAUCAGCCAUGUAAAUAUAUCCAACGUCAAGGAGGAGGAUGGCGGAGAGUACACCUGUGUUGCUCAGAACAGCAUCGGCCGGGUAUCGCACAGUGCUCGGGUAAAUAUUUACGGUCUUCCAUACAUUCGAGAGAUGCCUAAAAUCACCGGCGUGUCCGGCAGUGAUCUAGUGGUAAAGUGUCCGGUGGCUGGUUAUCCGAUUGAUAAAAUACACUGGGAACGAGACGGCCAGACACUGCCCAUCAAUCGACGGCAACGAGCCUACAACAAUGGUACGCUAAUCAUCGAGCAGUUACAGCGGACCGAAGACGCCGGAACAUACACAUGUAUGGCGCAAAACAAACAGAAGCAAACGUCUCGACGGAACGUUGAGAUUCAAGUUAUAGUGCCUCCAAAAAUUAUGCCCAUCCAAGCGAUGACCAACAUGUUACGCGAGGGGAUGCGUGCUGCCAUCUCGUGCCAAAUACUAGAAGGCGAUCUGCCGGUGAAUUUCCGCUGGGAACGCAAUGGCAAACCGAUUCUCGGAACCGGGAAUGAAGUGAUUCGUCGGUUGGAUGAGUACUCUGCCAGCUUAGUAAUAGAACAUAUCACGUCGGAGUAUUCGGGUAAUUACACCUGCAUUGCGAGCAAUGUGGCAGGAAGCGAGAGCUUCACUGUGCCUCUAACAGUAAAUGUACCACCGAAAUGGAUUCUCGAGCCAAAGGAUUCCAGCGCCCAGGCUGGACAGGAUGUCGCUCUACACUGUCAAGCCGGUGGACAUCCCAAGCCGACAAUCACAUGGAAGAAAGCAAUCGGCAACACUCCCGGGGAGUACAAGGAUUUUCUAUACGAACCAAACGUCUCACUGCACACCAACGGCACGUUGGAAUUCCGCAAAAUUACCAAAGAAUCCCAGGGCCAUUUUUUAUGCGAAGCGAAAAACUCAAUCGGCACUGGGGUGAGCAAAGUGAUUUUUCUCAAAGUCAAUGUACCUGCGCACUUCAACACAAAGAGCAAACAAAUCACAUCUCCUCGCAAUAAACAGAUUCAUAUCCAAUGUAACGUCCAGGGCGACAACCCGAUCGACAUCAAAUGGAAGUUGCAAAACUCACAGCAACAUAUAGAUGAAUCUCUGGACAAUCGGUACAACAUCCGUGAGCAGGUGUUGGACGAUGGAAUGGUUUCAGAACUAGGGAUCUCGCACACCUAUCGCCAAGAUACAGGAAUCUACAUCUGCCAUGCAACGAAUGCCUUCGGACAUGACGAAAUGUCGAUCCAGUUAGUGAUUCAGGAGGUUCCUGAAUCUCCAAAGAACUUACGAAUAAAUUCACAACAAUCACGAACACUCCAACUUUCCUGGAGUCAGCCGUUCGCCGGAAACAGUCCCAUCGAAAAGUACAACGUUGAGUAUAAAUUAGUCACCGAUUCGUGGCAAUCGGCCGAGCAUAUUACUGUGGCCGGUACACAGACGGUCAUCACCCUGCAGAAUUUGAAACCAGCGAAAGCAUAUCACAUUCGGUUAUCGGCCGAAAACAAGUUGGGUGCCUCCGAAUACUCGGAAGUGAUCCAGGUGACCACCUUAGAAGAAGUGCCUUCCGGUCCACCCUUGAACAUCAAAGGUGAGUCAAAAAGCUCCACCGAAAUCUUUCUUUCCUGGGAAGCUCCAGACCGGGAGCAGUGGAAUGGUAACCUGCUGGGUUAUUACGUGGGCUACCAGGAAGCAACGGGGCCCAAUGACAAGGAAAUCAAUCCCACGCAAGGUUUCAACUUCAAAACCGUCGAAGUUCGUACACAUUUUGGUGGUGAAACUACUCUAGGAGGCUUAAGCAAGUGCACCCAGUACAACAUUGUGGUGCAAGCUUAUACUAGUCAAGGUAGUGGACCACCGAGCAAGGAGAUUUCCCUCAACACCUUGGAGGAUGUGCCUUCGACUCCACCCGACAGUCCCAAGUGUGAUGUGUUGAGUUCUAGUUCAAUCUACAUCACCUGGUCGCCCCCGGCAGCAGAGGGACAGAAUGGAAAAAUACGGGGGUACAAGGUGUCGUACAUUGAAAUCGAAGAACUGUUUGAAAAAGAGCCAUACACUGCCAAAACCAACAAUCAGUACAUGACUUUGGAGAAUCUGAAGAAAUUUACCAACUACACGUUUUGGGUACUUGCAUUCACGAAAGUAGGUGAUGGCGUGAGGACAACUUCGUUCUUCUGUACUACGCAUGAGGAUGUUCCCUCGGCGCCGUACGCUAUCAAGGCGGUUCCGGCUUCCAACACGAAAAUUAUUAUCUCCUGGCUACCACCGGCAAACAAAAACGGCAUCAUCACUGGAUACACAUUCUACAUGUCGCUGGUAGACGGCGGUCGGGACGAAGGAACCCACAAGCGGUCUCUCGUACCAUACGCUGACAUUCACGAAACGGUGCGGCUUCAAGAGCACGGAACUUACCAGUUUUGGUUAACGGCUUCCACAAAAGUUGGCGAAGGCGAUAAAUCGGAAGUUAUCACAGUUCCCCCCAACAAUAAAGUUCCCGCUAGAAUUGUUUCGUUCAGUCAGGAAAUUGUUACGCCAUGGAAGGAAACGCUUGUGCUGCCUUGCAGAAAGGUUGGCGUUCCAGCACCAGUGACUAUCUGGCGUCAAGACGACCAAGCGAUGGAAACGGGAACGAGAAAGCUUAUUGCAAAGAACGGAACCCUAUAUAUCAAAGAUUGCCAACACUCGGAUGCUGGGAACUACACGUGUAGUGUUGAGAACAACUGGGGACGAGAUGAAAUAGUGUACCAUAUCAAGAUCAAAGUUCCUCCGGAUCCGCCGAGUCUUUCAGUUAUCAAUACUUACACAGAUAGUUUACUGCUAGAAUGGAUUGACAAUAAAAAUGGUGGAUCGCCGAUUCUGGGUUAUGUUAUCAACUACAAGCGGGAGCACGGCGACUGGGAAGAAAUUCAGAUUGAUUCAAAAACCAACACGCAUCUGCUGGUGAAUUUGUGGUGCGGAACUAAGUAUCAGCUGUACAUAACAGCUUACAACAAGAUAGGAACUGGACUUCCAUGCGAUAUAGUCCACUCGCAAACUAAAGGCCUCCCACCGGUUCAACCGAAACACUCGCAGAUGAUUACGAACAACUCAACCAGCGUGACAUGCUGGUUGGAUUCGUGGGGGGAUGGUGGAUGUGGGAUUUUACAUUUUUCGGUCGAGAAUCGGAUGUACGGCAGAUCACUGUGGAACAUGAUCUCAAACCACGUUGAAGCGACGGAACGAAUUUUCACGGUUACGGACCUUAACCCAGCCACCAAAUAUCAACUGAGAGUAACGGCAUACAAUAAUGCCGGUGCUACAAUGGCGGUAUAUAACUACACUACCCUAACUGCGGCUGGAGUGAUGGUCCAUCCGGAUUUAACAAAUCCCGUUUCUCCGCAUCUUGGUGACAAUCCAUUCUACGCCAACUUCAAAGUACUGCUGCCGCUCUGCCUUUCGAUUCUAAUACUAUUCGCACUGAUUGCAGUGGCGCUUCUCAUUCGAAAAAGAAAGCUAAAUAACCAGAACCGAAUCCCGUCAACAUCAAUGUCAGAGUCGCCGUCUAUUGCUAACAUCCAAAACAAGCACAACCGGGACCAGCAGUAUCUGGCGGUGCGAGCUCAGCAAAACAGCCGCAACAGCAACUCUGUCGAUUCUGGCAGUUUUAAGGCCGAGGGAAAUGAAUAUAUUGAAGACAUUUGCCCGUAUGCAACAUUUCAGCUGAACAAGCAAACGUACAGCGAAAGUUCAUACAGUGGAAAUGUGUACAGUGGACCAUAUCAUUCGGUAAGAGGAUCAUUUGUGUAUCAUGAUGUAAAAACCGAAAGCUGUCAUAACAAAGAACCCGAGUACACAAAAGUACGCAGAAAGGGCGGAUCUCGUCUGCGGGAUCCGGCCACCUCGGAGCCGAUAGAUAUAAAUCAGUUUAUAGAAUCUGACAAUCCCGGAUCCACCGAUUCCGAAGUUAGGAAGAUACUAACACUUCAUAUACCGAUUACAGAAUAUGAUACGCUUGGUUCCGAGUCCGACAACGAUAUGGCCUCGCGUUCCAAUCAGUCCAACUAUCGACACCACAGAGAAACCCAAGACGAAACAUCUUCGUCUUCCGAAAACUCACCUUCUAGUUUAUCUAGAAAGUCGAAACCACCGUAUCCGCCGCGAAAGUCGGCGAAAUCGUCGCAAAAUCUGACGAAGCGUCAUGUCAGAAGUUCUAGCGGCUACUCGAGCCACAAUGAGGAAACUACGUUUAGUAUAUCUAACUAUCCGAACUACUCCGAACAUAUAACACCACCAGCCAGGUUCUCCGAUCUGCUCGGACGGGACGCCACGCUGGCCGUCUCGUCCGUCAAUCCCUCCGGAUUAGUGGGCAGUGCCAGCGAGCUAAGUAGUACGAAAAAGUCGAGUAAUCACUCGCCACGACCACGUGCCAAUCAGAAGCUUCAGCGGGAAGCCUUCCAAAUCAAUGUGUGAUGGGAUUGUUACAGCGACUUUCAGGAUGUCUAGAAAAAAUAAAAGCACACAUACACACAAAUAAACGAACACACGAGCACUCGCCUCGUUUCUCUCGGUACAACGCUAGGUUCUGAACGAAACAUCGGACUGCUAAGUGGAUCGAAUGUUCCCUUGAGUUAUUGUGACUGAACGAUAUUAUUUAAUUAGUUUCAUAUAGUAAAUAGUAACAGGCUAUAUUUUAAUUAACGAAAGCAAUCCAUCGUGUGCGUGGAAAAGUAUGAAAAUGAACAGAAAAAAUGGAUAAAGCUUCCAAACUAAUUAAAAAAUUGUUAUCAAAUAAAAAUUUAGGAAUAAAUUGAAAUAGAUAGUUAUUUGAUAUGGAAAUUUAUCGGAAAAAUACUGCACAACACAUGCCAAACCAACAGAAAUGUAUAUUGAUUGAUUUAACUAUUUUAUAUCGAAGUAAUAUUUUAAAAUCGAAGGUUAUUUCUGCUGAAAGCGGAGUAGUGAAAUGUAUUAGGUCAACAAAUUGUAAAAUUCUUUGUUAAACGUAUCCUACACUGAAUUUAAGUUUCAAGCAUAGUAAUUUAUAAUUACCGUGUGAUUGGCUCAAAUCGUUUUCGAAAUUGUUUUGCUCUCUUUCUCCAAAACUAUCUACUAGCUUGGUCAUCAAACUCUCGUUUACAGUAGUGACAAGUACAAUAAACCUAGCAUGAAUCGUAUAUUACCAUGGGUAAACCAAUUGAUUACAGAGCGAUUUUUGUUCGGUACUGACUGAUGAUUGAGUGAUGUUGCCCCUAAAUGGUUGCGAUUCCUAAGAGUUGUCUAGCAAGACCAUUUUCUUUGUUUGAUACAAAAGAUUGAGUUGAUAUAAUCGAUCAAUCUACUACCACGAGGUUGAUAGCUGUUAAUAUAUGUGUAAAAAUAAACAAAACUAAGAAAUAAUCGAAAAGGAAAACGAAUGUAUUUAAUCCGGUCGAACAUAAAAGUCAACAAAGUUAUUAUUGAAAAAAAGUGUGAUCUAUGUAAAUAUUUUGGAAAAAAGAUGAUACUGAAUAAAUAAAAACAUAAAAAUUAUUCAUCAUUCACGGAAAGUCCUAGAACAGAAACAUCAAGGCUUCAACUUAUUGAUCAUUUAAUAGAACACUUUCGGUUUAAUAGGUACUCGAUUUUAGUGGGCAAAUAUUACAUCGGGUGUAACACUACGCUGGUCACAACAGUACUGAUUCAACAACGUGUAGAUCUGAAAUACCAUUAACAUAAAAUUCAGAGAUGAAUGACUUCUCUGACACACUCGAAAAAAAACUUUAGCAUGUGGUGAUUGUGUGGCAUGAUAACAUGAUACUGUUACUUUGUUUCCAUGAUCGAAAUGUUUAAGUGAAUACAAAUUUUGACAUUGGUACUACAAUUCAUUUGCUUGAUUUUAACCAUCUGUUUCAAAAGAUUUCCUAAUCUGAGAAUUGUACAAGACAAUUGCAGAGUUGCAAGGUCCUACCGACACGUAAGAGUUCUGCUUGGCGGGACUGAAACAUGCGACGAGUAGCUAAGGUGACCAGUGCUAUACCGUGUAUAUCUUUUUUAUGUUAACUGUAAAAAUUAAAAUUUAAACAAAUAUUAUUGUACAAAUAUUAGAUCUCGCGCGCGCAACUUUUUAUUGCGAGCGGAGUGCUUCUGCUGGCAUACUGCGUCAAGGGGGUCAUUCCCUUUUGUUUUUCACCGAAGCUGGCUUGGUGCCUACGAUUAGAUGUUUUCCCUUUUUCUUGCACUUACUGUUGAUCAGUGUAAAUAGGUUGUCAUUGUUAUUACCUUCCUUGCCGAUGUUUCAUACAGUUGAUUUUUGGUGCUGGAUGCUUCUUUUGCGGUUGUCAUUAUGGUCUAAACAGCUGCCACUAAUUUGGCCACCAUUUGUAGUUCAGGCAUUGCUAUAGAAAGCACAGUUUUGAGUUGUUUUGCCGCAGAUGAGUUGGCAAUCGGUUCAGAUACGUUUUCCUCUGCAUCUUCCGCGCAAGGUUACCCAUGAUGUGCUGUCCGAUUAUAAUACUUGCACGUAGGAGUUUGCCCCUCAUAGGUGCAUACUGUAGUUUGUAUAAUAGUAGUUCCGUGUGUUUGGAGUUUUAUUGUCAAGUAGGAAGGUACGGGCCUUUCGAUCCUCAUCCUCACUACAUAAACGCCGUUAGGAGCACCCGGGAAGAAGUUUCUCCAAGUAUCAGGUGUAACGGAUUCUACUUCUCCGUAUUGCGACAUGCAAUUUGCUCUGGAGGGAUACGAGGUGAUAGGUCAUAUAGCCUUACAUCUCUCCACUCAUUUUCAAUGUAAAUGAGAAUCUUAAUUCUAUCGUUGUCACUUCCAAUCACGUGUACGUUGUUCAGAAGGUAUUCGACUUUACAAAAACUCGGUCGCAUUGAACAAAAUUUAAAGUUAACGACCGCGGCGUUGGGUCGGAGUAGAACUUUUUCAUCAAUUUUAAUCAGAAUGACAAGAAUAAUCCGAUGUUUCCUUUGUUCUCGAGACAAUGUACACUCUAGAUCGAGAGGCCUGUAAAGCCAUUGGUCCCCGGUCCAUGAGUUGAUGGGUCGGUGUUUGACCUCGUAGCGAAAAUAUGGUGGCCGAAAAAUAACUAGAAUUAGAAGAAGAAAACCUCUAUCUGACCUCCUUGUGUCACGAUGAUCCUUAUUCCAAGGGUAAAUUGUGACCGAAAUUCAGCCGGAAAGGGCUUAAUUGCCACAUCACGAGUAAAAGAUUCCACGUUACACAUAACACACGCGAUUUAUUAUAUUAAACUCGAUUAUUUAAUGCACAAUUUACUAGAUAACAUAUAUUAACGAUUUUGGACCAAAAUUGAACACAAAAUUGAAUAUAAAGUUGUACAGAUGUUUCCCCUGGUAUUCGGUCGUGAUCGGUAGCAGACUGAUAUCUCCUUUUUUGAUCGACCCAACGAUAGGUAGAUUAUGAGCCAUCCUUUUCACGCCACGCUGAUUUGAUCGCAACGCACUGCACAGAUAAUCGGUCGCUGAUAAUAGCUGCAUACUUGUAUUGGCAGCAUUUAUUAACCGCAGGGUAAUCAUGUCAAAUCUUUAAACCCUACCCUGAUGUUGACAGAAACUUCUAAAAUAAAUAAACUCCCUUUUGAUGCAUUGGAUGGAUACUAUCAAAUGCUCUAGUUGAGUAAGUUUUUUGCUGUAUCUGGCAAGCCUGUUGUUGGAAGGAUUCAUAGUUUCGCUACGGGUAGACGGGUGUUUUUACGUUGGCUGGUCGUACCACGUUAUCAUCUCCUAGGUUCAACUCAUGAAUUCGACCCAUCUUCCAGCACAAUGCAGGGGUUGGUUUCCAUCUACAACAAUUGACCGCACUCUACCUUCACUGGUGGUUCCCACUUUUUGCUUCUGCUUUGUAGUUGUGAUAAAUAUUCUCGCCUCCAAUAGCUCCAGAAAUCCUGAAGCUGACGUUGAACUAGCUAUCAUCGGUUCAACCAAUUUAGUUGUAGCCCGGUGUAGUCGAACUCAAGAAUAGCUUGCAAGGAUCCUUUGCUUAGAAAAUGAACCGGUGUCAACGGUUGUAGGUCUGAAGAAUCAUCCGACAUAGGUGUCAAAGGCGGAGAAUUUAGGCAACCUUCUUCCUUGGCCAAGGAUGUGUUGAAGUCUUCGAAAGAUGUAGAGUUUUCCCCAAGCAGUAAAAUUUAGCUGAUCGUACAGCAUAUUUCCACAAACCUCCGAAAUGUUGAGCACCUAGCGGGUUGAAGUGCCACUGCAUGCCGUCCUUGGCGCACCCCUUUGAAACCAUGCCAUGAUACUUCUUUCCUUGAGUUUCCGCGAAUAGUAGAUUCUCAUGGCAAUGUUUAAAUAGCAUCGCCGUCAAUAAAGAAUUGGCUAACAUAAUAAUCGAAUGUUUUGUAUCAAUCGAUUCCUGAUAGUGACUUAACCUGCUACCUACCCAUAGAAUACCAUCUAAGCCAUUUAUCAGCCUACUCCUGUUACCAGGCUGGGCCUUCCCACCACAAUCUGUCACCACAACUCCAGUCUUGGUAGCGUUUGAACCUUUAAUGGUGCUACCUUCGAUUUCGAAGUUAAAAGUUGGACUGUAAUUCUUCCGUUGGUAUCCCUACUGCGAAGAUAUAAGAAGGCUCCAUACGCCUUCUCAGAAGCGUCUAAGAAAUAAUGGAUUUCGAUAUCUGCGCUUUAUGGUGCGACCGCACAUCGUGGAGUCCGAAACAAAUUUAGCGAAGGCAGCUGUAGCUGAUAUCUUCGCCAUCACCUGACGUUGCAGGUAUAGAUUCGUCCUUUUCCAAACGUUGCCCAGCUUUGUUGCCAUAGUUCCACAGUGUUUGCAUAUGAAUCUUGGCUAGUGCGACGGCAACCACCGAAGAUCCCCAAGAGGUCAAAGAGUGAUGUGAUGAUGGAUAGAAUCAUGCGCUUGGUUAGAAGUUGUUUCGAUGUAAGUGUAGAUAUUGUAAAUUGAAAUUUUAAGCAAUCCGUUUUGGGUAGCAAUGAUAACCCAAGUGUUUUAACUGUAACAUCUUUAUUCCAAGUAAUUUCCAAGUAAGCCUCUGGUAGUGCCUGAUUUUCUUUCGGUAUACUUCCAAGACACUUUCGCAGUUGGAGACCCAUAUUCGCAAUCUGAACCCACCGGUCAACAUCAUUGAAUAGAAUUGCAUCCUGAACUGGAAGCGGUUUCGAAGUCACCAUCCCAGAUAUUACAUCAUCCAUAUAGAUUAGCCUGGCCCAAAAUACCUUAAAUCUCGAAAUCAAAACCUUGCACCUGAAAAUGAUAGUUUGGAUGGCCAAUAAGCUUCCCUAAAAGUUUCAGCUCAUUUAGUAUUGUGUAUGGGAAAAAUUAAUCAAAUGUAUGGAGAAACGCAUAAGUUUCUCAUUUUCGGAUCUAGGUGGCGCUGCAAUCGAUCAAUGUUUUCCGUGAGAAAAAUGAUCCUUUUCUAACAACAAAACGACUCGUGAAGACUGCAAGUCAAUCCAAAAAAAAACUGACAAAGUUAUAAGUGCGCAAUAAUAAUAAUGUCAUGAGUUGUAGUUGGGGUGGCUCUGUUGAAAGUGAAAAAAACGGCUUACGAUGAAUGCGAUUUGCAUGCGGUAGAUACCUACAUGAAUUUCAACUUUUAAGAACACGAAAUGCUGACCAUUUGGAAGGGUAGUAUCUUCGGCAAACUGGAUCAGAAUGUCAAGGGCUUUCCGAAGAAUAACAGGCUAAUGCAUGAAUUAUCCCACCAGGUGGCGCUAGGGAGUAUGAACAUGACCUAUAGUUAAUUUAUAUAUUGGGUCGUAUUUCGUGAUCGGAAAUUCUUGGGGGGGGGGGGGGUUUAAUGCUUCGACAAAGUAAAUCAUUAGAUCAAAGACUUUCCGAUGGAGCACACUUUAAUUUAGAAUUCCUCCACUGGGUGGCACUAGAGUGCCUGAGAAUUUCCUAUACAUUUGAUUUUGGGUCAUAUCUCGUGAGUGGAAAUACUUAACGGAAUAAAGUCUUCGGCAAAGUAGGCUAUAGGGACCAUUCAUAAAUUACGUAACGCUUUUAGGGGGGGAAGGGGUACAACAA